AUGACGUCCAAGUUGUCAUGCUUCCUGUUGACUGUUAUCGAAAAUCGUCUGUUUUGCCCGUAUUUUAACGUAAUUUUACGGCCAUGUGUGGCAAUAAAUACGUAUUUAAUCGAAGUUCUAGUGAUGCUAUCCACCACUGCAAAUAGUAAAGUAAAAAAUCCAAAGGGAUCGGAGAACUCCGAGGCCCCAGAAAGAGACGAAAUAGGACAAGAAAACACAACGGAUGAUAAGGUCAGAGGUUAUGUUAGUUCAUACGACACAUCGUCGUCAUUUGGAGGUCCUUCCAGAGAUGGCCGGUUCCGUUUUCGAGGUAGGGUUACCGAGUUCCGGCAUUCCCGAGGGGGUGGACGUGGUGGCCGGGGCCGUGGAGGAUUCCCGCCCAGAGGAGAUCGUGAUCCUCUCGACGGUUCCUAUAAAUACAACGAAUCGCUAGGCCAGACGAAUAGUGACUCUUGGUCUCCGGGAAAUAACAGUAACAAAUUUUAUGAGAGAUCCGAACUGGUAAUGAAUCUUCCUGAAGAUCCACGUAUAUCUAAACUGCUACGUCGCCUCUGCGCUGAAAUCGACGUCGAGAAGUCGCUCAUAAUAUGUAGUAAAUUACAAGAUGCUAUAAUGUUUCCUGACAAUGCGCGAUACAUACGAAGAGCUUAUGAUAUUUUGGUGGAGUCUUUAUUGGAUGUAUUCUAUGAUGCUCCAGGCCCUGAAACAAAAGAAGGUGCUGCAGUUGUUCUGGGGAGAAUUGGCUAUGUUAUGGGCCCAGAUUUUAGGAAACACCUUGAUUGGUUUGGAUCUACAUAUGCAGUACAUAAUACUUCUAUAAAACAUCUAUUAACACUUUCAUUCACAGAGACAUUUCAGUUGGACCAUGAAACACUAAAUUUAUCAGAUUUUGCAGAUAUGACACUGAAUGAAUUGCAAACUAUCAUUGAAGGUACAGAUUCAGCAGAUGUGUUCAUUGCUGCUAUAAAUGCAAUGAUUAUCAUGUCAAAUUCUUAUCCAGAGCACUUUGCUAAUCAUUUUAUUGACAUAGUUGACAUUCUAGUGGGUUGGCAUGUGGACAAUGCUCAGCCGAAGAAAAUAAAAGAUUUUGCACUUCAGUCACUUUUGAAAUUAAGUCGGCAUUGGCAGGCAGAUGUUGGAUUUUCUGUCAACAUGCUUUUUCAAUUUGUUGAGGACAUGGUGGCAUACUCAACUGCUUUAGAUUCUGACAAGAGUGAUAAUGAUACAGAAGUGGCAUCUCAAGAAGAUUCUAUGCAGAAAAUUACAUCAUUUCUUAAUGUCUUCAAUACAGUUGUGAAAAGUCUCGGCACUCUCCUUAGUCCAACAAUGUCACAAAUAGUUACAUGGUCAUUCCUGACUGAAUCUUUUACAAAAAUUGUACAGGUUUUGACUAAAAUCCUUAGUGAAGAAGCUGACACAGAUUUGAUACUGUCAGGUAAUGAAUGCAUCAUUUUAUUACUUAAACUUUUGCAAACAAAAUCAUCUUCUUGUACUCCUGCUUUGUACACAUUAAUUUAUAUGGAAAUGACAACAUUUUUGCAAGCAGAUGAAACUGUUUGUCUUAGUGUUAUAAAUUUAAUAUCAAAUACUAUAAAAGAGAUUGCAUCAAAUCUUCCUAUAGAGUUUAUAAUGCAAACAAUAGGUCCUGAAUCUUUGUUACGUCCUUUACGUUAUUCAGAAAGCUCUCAAGUGCUGUAUGGUGUUCUCUCAGUGUAUAGCAAUCUAUUGAAUUUGAAGAACAUACCACUUUUGCAGGAGACAUACAAAUUUGUUUUGACUGAUAUACAGAACUCUUAUUCUGUCAUUAUACCAGAUAUACAAAUAAUAAAAUCAGAAUAUGCCGAAGAAGUCUCAAUAGAAGAUGCAGAAAAAAAUAUCAUAUUUUAUCUGCAAUGUUUAUCAGAGCUUGCUAAUGCUAGUAAUUCCAUCAUUGGAAUGUGGGCUCUACAGCCUAGCAUACUAGAAUUGCUGGCUAUUAAAAUGUGUUCUCACAAUGAAAUCUUGAUACGGCAAAAACCAGCACUUCAAUAUUCAAUAUUGUAUCUACUUUACUCUCACUGCAAGAAGAACAAUCAUUUCAUUGCCUCCAGUGAUUUAGUGACAAACACACAGCAGAGGACUGGUGAUAUAUUUGGUUUGUCUAAUCUCAACAUGGGUGAAGUGUCAGGUUCCAGUCCCACAUCAGGUCAUCUUGCUGUAAUCUUGAACACAUUAAGCAUGAUAUUAGAUGAAGAACUUCCAAAAGAAACUUUACUCUUGGCUUUAAACUGGAUAUCAGAUAUAUUCAUUCAGCUGGAUAAGUAUUUGCCAAUUGUGAGCAUAGCAAAAGGAUUUGUUGUUUUAAUAACAAAUAUGCUGUCUCUAGCAUAUAACUUUGAUGAUGAUAUUGUUCUGUUGGUUAUGAAGAAUUGUCAACAUUUACUCAAAAAUAAAAGUUUAUCAUGGAAUCUUAUAGUGGUGAAGACCAUAGUUACAUUAUGUAUGUUACAUAUUGACAACCAAAAUAAAGCUUUAUCAGAUCUGUCUAAAGAAGUCUUAUUUGAAUUACCAUGGGACAUAGUGCAGCAGGAGUUAGAUAAACAAGUAGUGAAAGUUUUUGUUAGCAGGAAAUUGAUUUUAAAUAUAUUAAAUACUGACACCAAAGCUAAUUCCUUUAAAGAGUAUCUCAUGAAUGGGUCAUUCUCAAUGCUAUCCAAUCACCACUUUAAGGCUGUAAUGAAUAGUAUACUACAAUUAUCUUUUCAGAAUAACAGUUUUUUUAUUGAUGUGUUUCUGGCAGCAUGGCCUCUACAAAGUCAAGAUGUUGAUGAGAAUAAUCUUCUAUUUUUCAGACAGUGUGCAACAUCUUUUUCGUCUAUUUGUAUUGGCUGGGUUUUAUCAGAAUUAGCACAGACUUGUGUCUCUUUAAAGCUAAGAACUACAUUGGGGAAACCACAAGAAACAUUUAUGAAAAUUGAAGGAGUUUUGAAGGGUAUAGCCAGAGAUAUUUCAUCAUUGGAAACAAAAUAUACAGCCACUGAUCAACAAAAAUUAGUAGAUGUUGUGGUUGCAGAAGAGAUAAGAUCGCGUCUGAUAACUGAUUUCAUGAUGUUUUUGGAAAAAUACAUAUACAAUGCUGCUGAAGGAACAGCAAUAGUAUUGCCGGCUGUUCAGAAACCUGUCAGAACAUUUUUUCAUACUAACUGGUCAACUUGUCGUGAAUGGCUGACCAGAGUGCGUCCUGCAGCACUAGCUGUAAGUCUUUAUGCUGGAAAUUUUGGUGCAGCUAUUUACCAUGCUUCUCUUAUAUUACAAACUGCUGCUAAUUGUAAUACGAAUAUUGAUAUAGAAGCAAUUACAAUGAGUGUCGCAAGGGCUUUAAUAAAAAUUGAGGAACCUGAAGUUUUACAUGGUCUCUAUAUUUGGAUCAAGCAAACCUUUGAUAAAAAAAUUCCUUGGUUAAAAGGAGCUGCGGAACAAGCUAAUGCUAAGUAUGAAUUAGCGGUGGAAUUUUACAAAAAACUAAACAGUAACAUUAUCUCUGAUAACGACAAAGAAGGAGAACCAAAUACCCAAAUAGACACGAGAGUCUCUAGAUUUAUUGAUGAGCAGAUUAUGGAUAGUUAUAAACAGAUACAGAGCUGGGAGGACAUGAAUGAAUGGAAACAAAGUGUACAACAGACUGCACAAAAUUCGCAAUGGAAUUCAUUUUCAGUAUUGAACAUGUUUGAAGACGGCAAUGAAAUACCUCAGGAGUUAUGCAAUUGGGAUAUACUUGAUACUAAUGUGUCUGAAAUAUCAAAGAACACUUGCUCAUACCAAGGUUUGUUAAACAAAAUUGAGUCUACUUUAGUAUUCACUGCUGUUAACAUUUACUAUUCUGAUUAUUCGGAUAAAUAUGAAAAUUUAUUAAAGGACUGUGAAAUGCUGCUUAAUUCAAGCAUGGAAGAAUUCUCAAGAACGAAUACUGUACAUUUCCUUAAAGAAAUUUCUGUAUUACAAUUAGCAAACAAAGGGUUGAAAAAUAUUCUAAAGAAUGGAAAAGCUAUAACUAAUCCAUUUAAACCAUGUGUUAUUAAGGAAAAUAAAUAUGUCACUGAACUUCGGAAUCUUAGCAGAAUAUUGUGGUGGAAUCAAUACUUCACAAAAUUAAAUACGACAGAAGAGAAUGUUUUUUAUGGUGAAUGUCUUCGACUGGAUGUCAUUAAAAGCGCGAGGAAAAACUCGAACUUGAAUAUGGCUAAAAGAGAACUUUUGAAGUAUUUCAAACAGAACUCUGCUUUCCAAAUAUGUUUCGGAAAUGUCAAUCAUUUGGAUGAUUUAGCUAAUGUUUUAAUAAGAUCUACUAACACUUAUGACUUAGAUAUCUGGACAUUAAAUAAUGCAACAGCGUUGGCGGAACUAUGUAAGAUAACAUAUGCGAAAGAGGAUAGUAAACCUAGGGCUAUAAAUUUGUGUGCCAGCAUUUCCCUAGGAUUUUCUCAAAGGCUUGCGAUGGGUGAACAGAGUUAUGAACUUAGAGAAAAAGGUACGAGAAUGUUACUGACUCUUUCUAAAUGGGUUCAAAAUGAUAGUGAAAAUGUUUUAGAAGUUGAUACGCCUUUAUCAAAACUAGUGUCAGCACUGCCUGAAAUUGGCUUAGUAGAUAACAACAUAUCAGAAAAUGUUAUACCUCUAUCGGAUUCUGCAGUAGGAAAGUUAUUACAGUUUGGAGUUAAUCAAUGUCCUGGUCUAGCAAAAGCUUGGGCAAACUUUGCGGGUUGGUGUUUCAGAUGGGGUCGUAAAAUGGUGGAAUUCAGUUCUAAAACCCGGGAACAGUUAACAGAAAAUGAUAAAUUACAAAUAGAAAGUGUAAUGAUCGGAUGCUCGCCUCAGGACUUUGAUGCUGUUUGUGAAAUAUUGUCUAAAACAAAAGCUACGUGUGAUGAUGAAGAUAUUGAUUGGAAUGAAAUUAACACAUCUGAGAUGAUCGAAAGUCAGUUGCGCACCGUUCCAUCGUUGAGUAAAGCUUUUCCUGAACACCUCGCUUUAUUGGUGGACAUUUGGCGUCAAGCACAAAAAAGAGUUUUUUCCUAUUUUGAAUUAUCAGCUGAUGCUUAUUUCAAAUUUUUACAACUUAUUUGUGCCGCAGACUAUAUUAAUCACAGCGGUGAAAAUGCUGUAGUUAAUGCUACACUACGACUUCUUCGUUUGAUUGUAAAACACGCUAUGGAAUUACAGACCGUUCUCGAAUCUGGUUUAGCCAAUACACCGACGCAACCUUGGAAAGUAAUUAUUCCACAACUCUUUUCAAGACUUAAUCACCCCGAGACAUAUGUAAGAAAGUGCGUUUCUGACUUAUUAUGUAGAUUAGCGGAAGAUACUCCACAUCUAAUCACAUUUCCAGCGGUUGUGGGUGCGGUGGAAAAUGAACAGAGCACUAUAAGAGAACUUAAUGCUAGGUCUUUCUUGUCCAAUGACGCGAGCAGUGGAGACGAUAAUUGUGAAUUAGAAGAUUCUGCCAGUGAUAAAGUAGUCAAUAACGAACUAAACUCCUGUUUCUUAGAUAUGGUAGAAACACUGUCUAAGCAAGCUCCAAAAACUAUCCUUCAAGUUAAAUUGUUAGUGAAGGAGUUACAACGUAUUAAUUUGCUAUGGGACGAAUUAUGCUUGGGUACUUUGGUACAAAAUCACUCGGAUUUCAGUAAGCGAUUGUCACAACUAGAAGCUGAAGUUAUCAAAGUGAAAAAUAAUGAAAAUCUUUCCACUGAAGACAAAGAAAAAUUAAUUAAAGAAAAACACCGUAUAAUUUUUGAGCCCAUAGUCUUUGUAUUAGAAAAUUUGGAUCAGAUUACAUCGGCAAAACCUGAAACGCCUCACGAAACUGCGUUUCAGAAUAAGUUCCAGAAUAUAAUAAAAGACGUCAUAGAGAAGUUGAAAAACCCGGUGAAUCCUGAAAAACCACAAGAAUCGUGGGCACCGCUUAAGCAGUUACAGAUAAAACUACAACAGAAAAUAAAUAAGAGGACUUCAUAUAUAUUGAAAAUGUCAGAUAUCAGUCCAAUUUUAGCAGAGUUGAAAAAUACUGUUAUAACUAUGCCAGGAUUACAUACCAAUCAAAGAACUGUCAGAGUUACUAUAAAAUCGGUAGAAAACAACGUAUCCAUUUUACCGACAAAGACGAGACCAAAAAAAUUGAUAUUUUAUGGAUCCGAUGGUAAGGCCUACACUUAUCUCUUUAAAGGCUUGGAAGAUUUACACUUGGACGAGAGAAUAAUGCAACUUCUGUCAAUAACCAACACGAUGAUGGCACGCGAUUCUGAAAACAAUGACAAUCAAACGUACAGGGCGCGUCACUACUCUGUUAUACCCUUAGGCCCCCGUUCAGGUUUAAUCAGCUGGGUGGACAAUGUAACUCCACUUUUCGCUUUAUACAAGCGAUGGCAGAAUCGUGAAGCUGCAAUCUUAUCCGCUAAAACGAACAAAAUUGUCAAUGUAUUGCGGCCAUCCGAGCUGUUUUACAAUAAACUUAAUCCACUCCUCAAAGAGGCGGGUAUAGCGACUGAGAACAGGAAGGAAUGGCCUGUGUCGAUACUGAAACAAGUGCUACAGGAGUUGUCCACGGAGACCCCUCGGGAUCUAUUAUGGAGAGAGCUAUGGUGCGGGAGUGUGACUUCCGAGCAGUGGUGGCAGAUGGUGCGGCGUUACUGUUACUCGGUCGCGGUGAUGAGUACGAUCGGUUACAUCAUAGGUCUUGGGGACAGGCAUUUGGACAAUGUGCUGGUGGAUCUAACGUCGGGUGAAGUGGUGCAUAUAGACUAUAACGUGUGUUUCGAGAAGGGCAAGACGCUGCGUGUGCCUGAGAAGGUGCCGUUCAGGAUGACUCCGAAUUUGGUGACGGCUCUUGGUGUGACCGGCGUUGAGGGCAUAUUCCGGUUGGCGUGCGAGCACGUGCUGCGCACGAUGCGUAGAGGCCGCGAGACCCUGCUGACGCUGCUGGAGGCGUUCGUGUACGACCCCCUGGUGGAGUGGGGCGCGGCCGGCGUGGGCGCCGGCGCCGGCGGCGGCAAGAGGCGGCGCACGCAGCGCGACAUACGCGCCGCCCUCGACAUGCUCGCUGUACGCGCGCAAGAACUCAAGCACCAAGUCGCCGACUUGAACUCCCAAUUUUUGGCCGUACUCCCCGAGGUGAAGGAAAGCGCCGAGAACUGGCUUAAGGAGCACGACGAAUUAGAAGCAGUCGAAACGAGACUACAGGAGUGUCAUCAGCAGAUGGCAUUAAUCAAAGAGAUAGAAGCCUAUGGCCCAAAUUUAAAUAAUCACCCACUUUACGCCAUCUCUCAGAAAUAUACCUCGUAUAAGAAAGCCAAAAAUGCUGUCGAAGAUUCGAUGAAAGCUCUUGUAAAAAUACUCAAAGAUUUCGACACCCAAAUCGAGACGUUUGCCGAAACAAAUGAAGUCAUAAACGGACCGCAGUUGAUGGCAUGGGUCCAAGAGUUUUCAGGAACGAAAGAGGACGAAAACAAACCGAUAUUUGACCACAUCAAAGAAUUCUUAACAAAUGCCGGUCAAAGUUCCAUGAUAUCACAAUGUGAACAAGCCGAAACAGAACUGAACCAGAGCAUUCAACAGACACAUCACCUCGUCAGGUCGUGUCUGGAACUGCUGUCGCAAUAUGUCGCAGUCUCCCAGUAUUAUCCUCAGAGCCAAACGGAAUAUCACCGCGUAGUAAUGUUCAGAAAAUUUUUGGCCACUGCUUUAGAAAGCAAAUCGCCUGAAGUUUGCAGGGAGGUUUCUAAUCAAAUGAAUGCCUUACUGGCGGAUUCUAAUAAUACUGACUCGUCACAAAUUACAGCCUAUAAUUUCCGCUUGCAAACUAUACAUGCUGAAGCCAGCGCGAAUCUUAAUAAAGCAGUUGAGAGAUUGCAGGCGGAAGGUGGUCCCGAUGCGCUUGUUUUGGCUCAAGAGGCUUAUAUGGAAGCGAAGGCCAAUAUCAGUAACUGGGUGAGGACUGAGGAUGGAGCUGCCGCUGCAUUGGAGUGUGUCGUUAUAGGAAUGUUGUGCAAUUUGAAUAGGAGGUAUUUGAUGUUAGAGAAUGGUGCACAAAGCGCAGGCGACUGCCUCGUUGAUUUGACCUCCAGAGAGGGGGAGUGGUUUUUGGAUGACAUGAGCGCGCUCUCCAUGCAGUCAGUGGAGUUACUAUCAUUACUGCCUUUACAGUCGGCAUCUGCGGAAGACACCACUUUACCAAUCGCGGUGGAAUGUGUUCGCAACGCUAAUCUUCUGCUAGCUGACUUGGUUCAAUUAAAUUAUAACUUCAGUACCAUAAUUUUGCCUGAAGCGCUCAAGAAAGUGCAUUCCGAAGAUCCGUCAGCGCUUCUAAUGAUUACUGAGCUGAACACCGUAAUAAUGAAUACCCCUGUGCCUCUAAAUGAUCUACUGGCACAGUUGGAAAUGCAUUUGAGAUAUCUCGUCAUGGAUAUGGAGUCUCCAGCAAACGGAGCGCAACUGUUAGCAGCGGAGCUUCGCUCCCGCUACGAAGCCCUUCUCUCUGCGUCCACGCCUGACAGCGAAGGCCAGUCUGCGGGGCGAAUGCUGCUGAUGGGUUUUAACGGACUAUUCGCGGCCGUGGAAUUAAGGGCGAGAGAGUUGGCCGACCAUAUCGCCGUGCCAACACCGCCCGCUUGGAGAAAGAUCGAUCAUAUAAACGAAGCCAUGCACAUGUCGGCUGCCCUCCAAAGCCCCGUGCUGCGCUCGGUGCUCGAAGACAUAUUCCUGGUGCGUCGCAUACAGACGGUGGCGGAGGUGUUCGCGAUGUGCGUGAACAUGGCGCGCGCGUUCAAUGGCGUCGGCCCGCUCACCUUGUACGAUGACGCCGCACUGUGCAAACCUGUCAGAAGGUUCACGGCGGAGUACGUGCUGCGCGGCGUGGUGGGCGUGCACUCGAAGGCGCUGGCGUGCGUGGUGUGCGGCCUGCUGCGCCGCGCCCGCCUCGACCUGCACGCUGAGGUCGAGCAGAAGGAGAUCGGCGCGUCGUGGAGCGUGCCGCUGGAGGCGCUGUGCGAGAAGGCGCGCGCGCUGCGGGCUGGUGCCGGCGGGGCGGGCGCGGGGGGCGCGGGUGGCGCGGGGGGCGCGGCGGGCGGCGAGCGCGGCGCCGUGCUGGCGGGCGCGGUGCGCGCGGCGCGUGCGCAGCUGGAGCGCGCGGCGCGUGCCGUGCGCGAGCACGCGCGCGCCGCCGCCGCCGCGCACGCCGCGCGCCACCGCGCCGCCGCGCACCACCACCUGCACGCCGAGGUCAGUCUGAGCAAUACACUCGCCCGUGCCGUGCGCGAGCACGCGCGCGCCGCCGCCGCCGCGCACGCCGCGCGCCACCGCGCCGCCGCGCACCACCACCUGCACGCCGAGGUCAGUCUGAGCAAUACACUCGCCGUGCUGGCGGGCGCGGUGCGCGCGGCGCGUGCGCAGCUGGAGCGCGCGGCGCGUGCCGUGCGCGAGCACGCGCGCGCCGCCGCCGCCGCGCACGCCGCGCGCCACCGCGCCGCCGCGCACCACCACCUGCACGCCGAGGUGCUGCAGGGCGCAGGCGGCGCAGGCGGCGCGAGCAGCGGCGGCUGCGGCGAGGCGGCGGCGCUGCUGUGGCGGCGCGCGCGCGAGCUGCUGGCCGCCGCCGACGAGCUGGCCGCCGCGCGAGCUCGUGCACACGGCCUCGUCGGGGCUGCGCUGCAAAGGGUGAAGUGGGGCGCGGGCGCGAACCCCGCGCUGCGCGGCGUCCAGCGGGCGCUGGAGGCGGCGUGGGCGGCGCGGGCGGCGCGCGCCGACAGCGUGCGCGGCGCCGCGCGCUCGCUGGCCGCGCACGCGCGCGCCGCCGCCCCGCAGCGCGCCCGCGCCGCCGCGCGCACCGCGCACACCGCGCGCACGGCGCUGCAGCACUGGCACAAGGCAUGCACGCUGGCUCAGAAAUAUUCACUUAACGUGUCCCCGGUAGAAGAAUCAUUGAUGGAAAUGCUGCAUCCGGAAGGAAACAUCGAUACGCAGUGGGUGGAGAACGUGUCGGCGCUGGUGCGCGACAUGUCGUCGCAGCUGGCGAGCGAGGCGGCGGCGCGGCGCGGGCGGGCGCGCGCGGCACAAGAUCGGCGCCGCGCCGCCGCCGCGCGCCUCGCCGCCGGCGCCGCGCCGCUCGCCGCGCGCGCGCUGCUGCACGCCGAGGUGCGCGUCUCGCUGCACGCCCUGGCACCCGCUAACAAUGGCAACAACCCGGCGAGCUCGUACAUAUCCCGCGAGGCGGCGGUGACGGCCCAGCUGUCGCAGCUGGCGAGCUGUCGUCCCGACCGCGCCAGUGUACUCGCGGCCGCCACCGCCGCCGCCCACCUGCUGCAGGAAAUACCUGCGCUGCACGAAGCGCUGCUGCAGCUACCGGCGGCGUGGGAAGCGCAGACCAGCGGCGCGGCGCGGCAACCCGUGCGGCCGCCGCCCGCGCAGCGACCAGGCGGGGAGCGUAACGCGCAGGGCGCGGGCGUGUGGAAGCGAGUGCGGCUCAAGCUGGAGGGCCGCGACCCCGAGCCCGCGCGCCGCCUGCCCGUCAGCGACCAGGUGGAGUACAUGAUAUCGGAAGCGACGAGCGCAGAGAACCUGUGCCUGAUGUACGAGGGGUGGAUGGCGUGGGUGUGAGGCCGGCGGCGGAGUCCCGGCCCCGCCCCGCGCCCCCCGCGCCCCCCGCGCCACUCGCCCGCGCCUGCGCCCUGCGGCCCGCGCGCCCGCGAGACCCACCACGCGCCACGCGCCACGCGGCCCACGCGACCCACGCGGCCCACGCGGCCCACGCGGCCUCGCACGCGUCCGACCGGCAGGCCGGCCGCCGCCCGCGUCGGCGUCUCACGACAGCAGGAAGUUACUGUAGCCCUUCGGUAAUAUUACUAUUCAUUUUUAUUUUUCAUUAUUUUGUUUAAGGUCGUUGCGUUCGAGUUCAGGUCGGCCUGUUGUCCGCUAACCACGCCUUGCGUUUGACUCGUUUCCUCUUACAUGAGUUACGAAAU